AUGGCUGCAAAGAAAUUUGUUGUCGAUUUGAAUAAACCCCUUGUUUGCCAGGUUGGGCAUCUUGGUGAUGAGUAUGAAGAAUGGGUUCAUCAACCUAUUAUGGGUAAGGAAGGUCCUCGUUUCUUUCAUAGCGGUGUCUUGGAGGUAUUUACCCGCACUGCUUGGUGGGUGAUUCCGAUUGUUUGGUUACCGGUUGCGUCUUGGUUCAUUUAUAAUUCUUUCAGAUUGGGACUCGAGACUCCUCGUUUACCUCUUUUCGUGCUUCUUGGCAUUUUUGUAUGGACUUUGGCUGAAUACUUGUUGCACCGGUUUCUUUUCCAUGUUCAAACGAAGAGUUAUUGGGGGAAUACGUUGCAUUAUCUUCUUCAUGGAUGUCAUCAUAAGCACCCCAUGGAUAGCUUAAGACUUGUUUUCCCGCCGGCUGCAGCCGCUAUAAUAGCCUCCAUGAUCUGGUCCUUAGUGAAGCUUGUAUCAACUCCUUUAAUUGCUCCUGCUGUGUUUGGAGGCAUUUUGUUGGGCUAUGUGAUGUAUGAUUGCACACAUUACUACUUGCAUCAUGGCCAACCAAAGAGUGAUGUACCCCGUAGUCUCAAGAAAUACCACUUGAAUCAUCACUACCGGGUCCAAAGCCUUGGCUUUGGCAUCACUUCACCACUAUGGGAUAAGGUUUUUGGAACAGUUCCUCCUCCAUCAAAGGCGGAUGCCAAACGUAGAUAA